UAGGGGGGGUAAAAGAUGUGAUGCUCGUAGCGUUCGUCUCAGGAACCCUUUUCUUUUCGCGAGCUGGCGUCUUAUUUCGAACUUUUGGUUUUGGACGGAAGUUGUAUGGUGAGUGUAUGUGUGUGUGCGUGUGUCAAUGUCGAUUGUCAGGGCACAACCAAGCAAGGGCCCAUCAAUGGAGGAAAGUUGGGUUGGGUUGGGAACCAUCUAUGAAUUACACACAACCAGCGAUGCUAUUCACGGUACGCCACCACCACCACCACCACCACCACCACCACCUUGUUACUUUGAGCUUUUCUUUCCCCCCUGAUUUGAUGUUUUGGGAUCAGGGGCAACUUUCAACUUGGCAUUGACGGGGCAAAAACAGAUAUGAGCAUACUUUGGGCUGG